AUGUUGCAUGUUUACCGUGCAACAUUUAGAGCAUUAGGUGUCAAUACUAGCAGUAACGUCCAGAGUGCUCACAAGGUUCCUGUAAAGACAUACAUCUACAACGAAAAGCUGGAAAUAGAUACCGAGGACAGAAACGAAAGAGUUCAGAAAGCUAAAGACAUCUUCAUCGACGCACUCCUGGAGCAACUUCAAGAAAGACUGGAACAAAUAGCACUUAUAACUUCCAUGGCUGCCUUGGACCUAACACAGGUGCCACAAGAUCAGAUCCCCAAUCACGAGGAACAGGUUCGACCGGUUUCAGACCGGGAUACGCCCACGAAAGUCUCAAUCGAUUUCGCGCUGGUGUGCAUCAAUAAUUUCGACGACGCCAGUCAGACGAUCAAGACAACCGGUUUUCUCACUCUCAAGUGGACCGACGAGUUGCUCACAUGGAAACCUGAAGAAAACGCGGAAAUCAAGUCCAUGCUCUUUACACAAGAGGAGGUCUGGAAACCUGAUAUUACCCUCGAUAACGGGGUGGACUCGAAGCAGGCGCUUGGACAAUCGUUUAUACAGGUCGUCCUAGAGCACAACGGCACGAUCACAUGGAACCCAUACGAGGUGUUCAACACCGGCUGCACGGUAAACAUUGUACAUUUCCCGUUCGACACCCAGUCCUGUGACAUCCGGUUCGUCACGUGGAUGAGCGGAAAGGAAGAGGUCGCUCUUGCCGUCGGCGACCUUGGCUUCUACACAAGCAGCUUCGAGAAAAACGGCAAAUGGCACGUGACUGGUAUGUCGACGUACGAGGAGGACGCUGACGGGAAAAUCGUCGUCGGCUUUAAAAUUGACCUCAAGCGGCGUUCGUCGCAUUACAUCCUCUUCCUGAUUCUACCGGCAGUUUUGCUCUCCAUUCUGAACACCUUUGUGUUCGUCCUCCCGGCCGGCUCCGGCGAAAAAGUCGGAUACACACUUGCGGUGUUUCUGUCGUACGCACUGUUUUACUCCAUCCUUAGUACCUCGCUUCCGCGCAACUCUGACGUCAUUUCUACGGUGGCGGCGUAUCUGUUCUUCAUGAUGUUUCUGUCGACGUUCACAACGGUGAUCACAAUCGUGGAACUGAGGGUGCACAACAAGGAAACGCAUGGCCGGCUUCCGCUUCCGGUUAUGAAAUUCGUGCGCCUGAUUCUGCAUCAGCGCUGUGUCUGCUGCAGUAAACCAGACGACUUCCGCGAGGACUAUCUGGAUGGCGAUUGGACGAGCGUUAUUGGUCCGUGGCUAGCGUACGAUUGGAAGGAUUUCAUAGAUGCCCUGGAUAUCGUACUGUUCUGGGUGUUUCUGAUCGGGACUAUUGCCACAACUGUUAUGUCGCUCGUGUGUGCUUCGUCCCAUAUAAUAUUGUUGUAAGAUAACAAUGUCGUAUCGUAAUGCAUGAACAACAUUGACUUACAACCGCACUUUUGUGUAAUUGUGUAUACUUAAAAGUUGUGUGUUAUUUAUUUAAUUAUUAUGUAUUAAUAUUUUGUGAAAAAUGAAUUAUCUACAUGAUCAAGGUAAGCAUGCAUUGCAUGAGCAUUGUUGCGUGACAAUCGACGUGGUCUGGCAGAUCAUGAGACUUUACAAAUACACGAAAGGUAAGAAAAAACUAUAAAAGACAAACAAACAGACAGCCAGACUGCGGAACGGACGGAAGGGGUGGAGUCAGACCGACGGAAGGUCCAGUAUUCGAAUUUCUAGUGCAUUAAAUGACACUAUCAAGAAACAUUAGAUAUACCUUU